UUUCUUUGUUGUUUUUCCCUUUUCUUUCAUUCUUUUUUUUUUCUACUGCGGUUUUCUUUCUCUUUCUUUUUCUUUUUUUUCCUGAAAAUAAGGCGUAUCAUCUCUCCAAUAUGACAAAAGAUAAACAACCUACGGGUAAGAACAUGAAAGAUUGAUCGAAUGACUUUUGGGAAUGUCAUGAAUACUGAAUUGUCUUUUUUUUUUUUCUAAUUUAGGCACACUCAACUAAUGGCUCAAGCGAAAUCGGGGUCCCAGUUCCUGUUUUACGGUUUUCUCCUCUCCUUCUUGGUUUCUCUUUCAAAAACUCACUUUUUAUCUUUCCUGAAUUCAACAAAGUACACAUACGAAGUCAAUUUUACCCUGUAUCUUCCUAGUGUCAUAGCAGUUUCCAUUCCUGUGUGGAUAUACUAUGCAAAACUAUUAGCUAAAAGGGCAACAUAUUACCAACUGGGAAAAAAACGGGACAGUGUUACCGACAAGACAAAGGAAACUGAACUCUCAUCUUUUGGUCAUGUGAAGAAUGAACUGAAAAACGUAAUGUACUUUUUUACCCUGUAUCUUCCUAGUGCCAUAGCAGUUUCCAUUCUUGUGUGGAUAUCUUUUCACCAUUCCUUUCCGCUGUAUCUCUCCUGGUUUAUCUGCUAUCACGUACUUAUGCUACCUAGCGCCGAAGGUAUUCAACCAACAUUGAUAGUUAGCCACAAGGAUCACCAAACCAACAACAAUUCUAUUGAAAACCUUGAAUCGGUUACCCCUUCCGAAAACAUUCGAAAAUCAAUCAGUUAUUAUCGUGAAAACCCUGAACAACGCCUAAGAAUGUCUAAGCCGUUCCCAGCACCUCCUACUCUAGCCGAUAGCGACUUCUGAUAAAUUACUACACUUCUCCAGGGGAUACGACUUUAUCGACUACGAAAUCACCAAAAACGGCGUUAGUGCGAUCACUGAAAUAUAAAAAAAAAGCUUUUAUACUCCAACAGGCGGCCGACAAGUACAUCCUUUGCAAAAGAAUCUGCUA